AUGGCCGACGUUCUCCGAUCCGCGAUCACCAACCCGGCCUACCAUGACAUCUUUGCCAUCAUCAAAGGUACGGCCAGUCUGCUUUCAGGUGGACUCGCCAUGCUGUUCUAACCUCAAGUUCUGCAUGUGCUCUACCCUGCAUUCGACGCGGUUCGUGCCCCCCACCCUUGGCCCGGCUCCCUUCUGUAUCUCUUGGCCGAUUCGACCAACUGCCGCGUCUUGGCACCCCGUCCCGACGCUUUGAACCCCUCGAUCAGGCGCACGCAAUGGUCUUGUCUACGGAGCCAAAGUUCGGUUCCCGCAUGCCCUGAUCAUGGCCAUUCUCUUUGGUCGAGGCAGGUCAGUCCCAGGCCAAUACCCCGUGAAACAGACCCCACGCCCCACGCCCCACGCCCCCCCCCCCCCCCCCCCGUAUACUGAACGGCCCCUUUCCCCCACCUCUUGCCGAUCUCGAUCUCGAUCUCAUGACUAAAAGCUACCGAGACCGAGCUCGCACCAUUUUCAAGGCGACGAGACAGCACGCUUUUAACUUGGCCAAGUUCGUGUCCGUGUACAAGACCGCUCUUUUGGUCCAAAAGACCUUGGCAGGGGGCAAGCAGAGGAAGGCCGAUACGUUCUUUGCGGGAUUGCUCGGCGGGUGGUGCAUCUUUGGAGAGAGGAAUGCGAUCAAUGAGCAGGUACGUUGCAUCGAUCGCAGUGAGCGUGCACAAGUUGUGUAUCGGCGCGGAGAGCUGGGCAUCGUAAGGCAGGAAGAAUCGUGUCUCCAGCGAGCUGACCCCACAGCGCCCGUUCACCCCGUGAUUAGAUCGUUCUCUAUGUCGUCUCGCGCGUCAUCACCUCGUUCCUGCCCCGAGCGACCCCACCUCAAGCCCCAAAGCUUCCCCCCGGUGGUCUGUCCGCCGCGACCUCGGCAGCAGGUGUCCCGCCCCCACCUGGUUUCCCGUACGCUCGCCCCCGACCGCCCAACUCCAAGGUGUUCGAGGUGUAUGCAGCUUUGUCCUGGGGUGCGGUGAUGUGGUUGUUUGCGGAGAGAAGGGAUACGUUGCAGAGUGGGAUGAUCAACAGUAUGCAGGUCAGUUAGGGAGAGAAAUGAGGGGCAGAGCUUAGAGCAAAAGCCGUAGGAACUCACUCGGGGCUGGUCUUGUUCGACACAGUACUUGUACUUGGAUUCGGAGGUUUGGAGUCCGCUUCGACCGCUCAAGACGUUGUUCUGGCGUACGUAGACUAACACUCACGCCCUAUAUUUCAUCUCACCGCUAACCUACAAACUCUGACACCUCCCGCAGACAAUCGCUAG